AUGAAUGAAACGACUGAUGCAGGAGGUGAUGCAAAGAAGUCUGUUUAUUUAUUUGGAUUAGUUAAUUUUUUUGCAAAUUGGAAAGUGGAGAAUAUGUGUCAAAGAACCAGUUUUCCAACUAUCACCCAUUUAACUUUAUUUUCUUGGAAGUUACUUGCUCUUUUUGACCGAGAGCAAAAAGUUAGGAAAUCCGCAUUAAAUUUAUUCAAUUUUUUUACACAAGUUUGUCUGCAACUUUCUUGGGAAGAAAUACUGUCAGUAAAUUUUAAACAAUAUAAAAUAACAAUAUAUUGGUGUACAUAUCAUCAGUUAGUUAACAAACUGAAUAAACAACUAGAUUAG